UACGUAGGAGGUGAUUAAAUUGUGAUUAGUCGUGAUUAACUAGCUAUAAAAGCCUCCGGCUCUCUGACAGAAGGCACCAUCAGGUCAGAGAACCCCAGGAGUUAAGGUUUGUCUUGCUCAUCUGCAGCCAUGAAAUUCUCCCUUGUUGCCGCUCUUGUUGUUGUGCUGGCUGUUGCCUAUGGCACUGAGGCCGGGUCAGUGGUGAAGCGUGACGCCCAGACUGAUUUGGAGAAGCUCACCCAGCUCAUCAAUGACAUGUCUGCCAGCAUCACCGGCGCCACUCAGGACAUGGUGGAGAAGGUGAAGGCUCUGGAGGUGACCAACACUGCCCAGACUUACAUUGAGGACAGCAGGGCUCAGAUCCAGCCUCUGGUUGAUAAGGUACAGGCCGAGGCCGCCAAGCUGCAAGAGCAGGUCAAGCCCUUCAUCGCCAACAUUGAGGAUCAGAUCAAGCCUUUGACCGACAACUUCCAGGCCCAGGUCAAGCCUCUGACCGAUAACUUCCAGGCCCAGGUCCAGCCUCUGACCGACAUGAUGGAGAAGUUUUUCCAGCAAGUGAUGGACCAGACCAAGGCCCUGCUCCCCCCCAGUGAAGCUUGAUUCUGGUUCAUUCCAGCUGCAAUAACGCUCCCGUUUUGGUUCUGUCUCCAAGUUAUCUGAGAUGCGAUGGCUGAAUGUUAUCAAUAAAGGUGUUGGA